UCCACAUCACAACCAAGGAAUUCUCACAUCCUCCUCUACAAGAAAAUCUUACCAUUCAUCUUUUUGAGUCUUCUCCAUUAUUAUUCUUCAUACUCAAAGUUACUAACAAAAAUGGCUAUCCGUGUGCCAAGAAUUAUGCAUACUAAGCAGAUUCUUGGUCGUUCUAAACUGUUUGCAAAUCAAGCAGCCUCGAACUCAACGGAUGUUCCCAAAGGAUACAUUGCAGUGUAUGUUGGGGAGAGCCAAAAGAAGAGAUUCAUAGUUCCAAUCUCAUCCUUGAAUCGGUCUUCAUUUCAGAAGUUGUUAAGCAUAGCUGAGGAAGAAUUUGGAUUCAAUCAUCCAAUGGGUGGUCUCACAAUUCCUUGCAGAGAAGAGGUUUUUGUUGAUCUCACAUCAAGCUUGCAUUAGUAGCCAACUGAUAAAAGAAAUUUAAUUAGCUAAUACAAUUUUUGACCAUUGAUGUACAUCCUUCUAUUCAUUUGGUAGGAAGAGAUGAUUGAAAUGUAUACUCUUCUUAGAAACUAUUUUAUUAUAAAUUACAGCGGUUCUAUUCUCAAAAUUUCCUCUUGUUAAAUACAUUGUUCAGUUCAUAUUGCUCCUUUACACCAGUUGUCGUGUCUGAUGAACAUGUAGCUAUUAGUAGCUCACCAGAAAACAUCAAAAUCUCGCUCCAACCCAAGCCUACAAUCCUCCUCGCUUUUCUAUGGGAAGUAACCAUAAAAAUUUCUCCCAGGAAAAUAGGUUAGUUGAAACUUGAAAGAAGGAAAAUCAUCAGGAAUGGAUUUGGAUUAAAUUUGGGUUAAAAUGAACCAGGCCUCAGUCUUCUUAUGCCAAAGGGUUUAGUACAAACUAUGAAGGUUAGUUUUGUUUGGUAUGAUGGGUAAAAUUUUAGGAACUGAGAUAUUGGAGGUAAAGUAUGGUCCAUCCGUUACAAGGCUUGUUGCAAUGCUGGCCACAUAAUGAGACUUUGCCCUUACCAUGUUGAUUGCACAAUGCUGCCACAAUGGCAACUGACGAAGUCAAAGUUUGUGGAAAUGGCCUUUCAAAACAGAGUUGGCUGCCAAUCCUUUUUUUCCUUUUGUUUGUCUGCAAAUCAAUUUGAUCACUGAACUUCAAGCGUCAAUUUGGUGGUUCUAGAUAGGUCUAGUUGUGACGAGAGCUACCAGCAGAAGCUACCAGGCGGUACUUCACGUGUACUUCACAAGGCUUUGUCCUGCAAAUGCCAACUGAUAUUAUAAUUUCAUUGCAAGGAAAAUGAUCUGUUUAAUCAAGUCCGAAGCAUAUUCUAUCCAAGUUCAAAGAGCUUCUCAUAUGUUUAUUGAUAUAACUUCUCGCUUGGAUACACCAUAAGAGAAGCCAACAUAUACUCUCUUUUUAUAGUAGGAACACCAAAUGUACAUAUACGUUUUCCUCUUGCUUUUGGCCUUUUUGAAGCGGGAUUUUUAUAUUUUAUUUGUCACAAAUGAGUGGAAUAGGAAUUCUGAAAUAUUGGCAUUUGAAGUCAUAGCAAAAAAAAAUGGAAGAGACAAUUGUUUUCAGUC